AGAAUGACAGAAUAUGUCUGAAGAACAACAAUUGGCGCGGCGGAUCUCUGAUGCUGAAAGACAGCGACGUCAUAGACAGAAUAUGUCUGAAGAACAACGAUUGGCACAGCGUAUCGCUGAAGCUGAAAGAAGCCGACGUCGACAGAAAAUGUCUGAAGAACAGUCAUCGACAAAAACUAUGUUCCAACUUCCUGUCAACAAUCUUGGCAGUUUAAGAAAAGCCCGGAAAACUGUGAAAAAAAUACUUAGUGACAUUGGGUUGGAAUACUGUAAAGAACACAUAGAAGAUUUUAAACAGUUUGAACCUAAUGACUUUUAUUUGAAAAACACUACAUGGGAGGAUGUAGGACUUUGGGACCCUUCACUUACAAAAAACCAGGACUACCGGACAAAACCUUUUUGCUGCAGCGCUUGUCCAUUUUCUUCAAAAUUCUUCUCUGCCUACAAAAGUCAUUUUCGGAAUGUCCAUAGUGAAGACUUUGAAAAUAGGAUUCUCCUUAAUUGCCCCUACUGUACCUUCAAUGCAGACAAAAAGACUUUGGAAACACACAUUAAAAUAUUUCAUGCUCCAAAUGCCAGCACACCAAGUAGCAGCCUCAGCACUUUCAAAGAUAAAAGCAAAAACGAUGGCCUUAAACCUAAGCAGGCUGACAGUGUGGAGCAAGCUGUUUAUUACUGUAAGAAGUGCACUUACCGAGAUCCUCUUUAUGAAGUAGUUAGGAAGCACAUUUACAGGGAACAUUUUCAGCAUGUGGCAGCACCUUACAUAGCAAAGUCAGGCGAAAAAUCACUCAACGGUGCUGUCCCCUUAAGCCCAAAUGCCUGGGAAGAGGGUAGUAUUCACUGCAAGCGAUGCCUUUUCAUACCGAAGUCCUAUGAAGCUUUGGUGCAGCAUGUCAUCGAAGACCACGAACGCAUAGGCUAUCAGGUCACUGCCAUGAUUGGGCACACAAAUGUGGUGGUUCCCCGAUCCAAGCCUCUGAUGCUAAUUGCUCCCAAACCUCAAGAGAAGAAGGGCAUGGGACUCCAAUCAAGAAUUGGUUCCCUUGCUUCUGGAAACGUCCGGUCUUUGCCUUCACAGCAGAUGGUGAAUCGACUCUCAAUACCAAAGCCUAACUUAAAUUCUACAGGAGUCAACAUGAUGUCCAAUGUCCACCUACAGCAGAACAAUUAUGGAGUCAAAUCUGUAGGCCAGGGCUAUGGCGUUGGUCAGUCAAUGAGACUGGGUCUAGGUGGCAACGCACCAGUUUCCAUCCCUCAGCAGUCUCAGUCUGUGAAGCAGUUACUUCCAAGCGGAAAUGGAAGAUCUUUCGGGCUUGGGGCAGAGCAAAGGUCCCAGGCACCGGCACGAUACUCCCUGCAGUCUGCUAAUGCCUCUUCUGUCUCAUCAGGCCAGUUAAAGUCUCCUUCCCUCUCCCAGUCCCAGGCAUCCAGAGUAUUAGGUCAGUCCAGUUCCAAACCUACUGCAGCUGCCGCAGGCCCACCCCUAGCCAAUACUUCCUCAACCCAGAAGUGGAAAAUAUGUACGAUCUGUAAUGAGCUUUUCCCUGAAAAUGUCUAUAGUGUGCACUUCGAAAAAGAACAUAAGGCUGAGAAAGUCCCAGCUGUAGCCAACUACAUUAUGAAGAUACAUAAUUUUACUAGCAAAUGCCUCUACUGUAAUCGCUAUUUGCCCACAGAUACCCUGCUCAACCAUAUGUUAAUUCAUGGUCUGUCUUGUCCAUUCUGCCGUUCAACUUUCAAUGAUGUGGAAAAGAUGGCAGCGCACAUGAGGAUGGUUCACAUUGAUGAAGAGUUGGGACCUAAAACCGAUUCUACCUUGAGUUUUGAUUUGACAUUGCAGCAGGGUAGUCACACUAACAUCCAUCUCCUUGUAACCACAUACAACCUGAGGGAUGCCCCAGCUGAAUCUGUUGCUUAUCAUGCCCAAAGUAACCCUCCAAUCCCUCCAAAGCCACAGCCAAAACUUCCGGAGAAAGCAGAUACUCCUGUUAGAAGUUCACCUCAAGCUGCAGUACCCUAUAAAAAAGAUAUCGGGAAAACCCUGUGCCCUCUUUGCUUUUCAAUCCUAAAAGGACCCAUAUCUGAUGCACUUGCACAUCACUUACGAGAGAGGCACCAAGUUAUUCAGACGGUUCAUCCAGUGGAGAAAAAGCUUACCUACAAAUGUAUCCAUUGCCUUGGUGUGUAUACCAGCAACAUGACUGCCUCAACUAUCACUCUGCAUCUAGUUCACUGCAGGGGUGUUGGGAAGACCCAGAAUGGCCAAGACAAGACAAAUGCACCCUCUCGGCUUAAUCAGUCACCAGGACUGGCACCUAUGAAGCGCACUUAUGAGCAAAUCGAAUUUCCCUUGACGAAAAAGCGGAAGUUAGAUGAUGAUAGUGAUUCACCCAGCUUCUUUGAGGAGAAGCCUGAGGAACCUGUUGUUUUAGCUUUAGACCCCAAGGGUCAUGAAGAUGAUUCCUAUGAAGACAGGAAAAGCUUCCUCACAAAGUAUUUCAACAAGCAGCCCUAUCCCACCAGGAGAGAGAUUGAGAAGCUGGCAGCCAGUUUAUGGUUGUGGAAGAGUGACAUUGCUUCCCACUUCAGUAACAAGAGGAAGAAGUGUGUCCGAGACUGUGAGAAGUACAAGCCUGGUGUGUUACUGGGCUUCAACAUGAAAGAAUUAAACAAAGUUAAGCAUGAGAUGGAUUUUGAUGCUGAGUGGUUAUUUGAAAAUCAUGAUGAGAAAGAUUCCAGAGUUAAUGCUAGUAAAACUGCUGACAAAAAGGUCCACCUUGGGAAGGAAGAUGACAAUUCCUCAGACAGUUUUGAAAAUUUGGAAGAAGAAUCCAAUGGAAGCGGUAGCCCUUUUGACCCUGUUUUUGAAGUUGAGCCUAAAAUCCCUAAUGAUACUCCAGAGGAGCAUAUACAGAAGGUAAUUUCUGAGGAUGCUUUAGAAUCUGAGGAAAAGCUAGACCAAAAAGGUGUGGAUGGUUCAAAAUAUGAAACUAUUCAUUUGACUGAGGAACCAAACAAACUAAUGCAUGAUGCUUCUGAUAGUGAGGUUGACCAAGAUGAUGUUGUGGAGUGGAAAGGUGGGGCUUCUCCAUCUGAGAGUGGCCCUGGUUCCCAGCACGUGUCAGACUUUGAGGACAACACUUGUGAAAUGAAACCAGGUACCUGGUCCGAUGAGUCUUCCCAGAGUGAGGAUGCAAGGAGCAGUAAGCCAGCUGCCAAAAAAAAGGCUACCAUGCAAGGUAACAGGGAGCAGUUGAAAUGGAAGAAUAGUUCCUAUGGAAAAGUUGAAGGGUUUUGGUCCAAGGACCAGUCACAGUGGAAGAAUGCAUCUGAAAAUGAUGAGCGCUUGUCCGGUCCACAGAUUGAGUGGCAGAAUAGCACAAUUGACAGUGAGGAUGGGGAGCAGUUUGAGAACAUGACUGAUGGAGUAGCUGAGCCAAUGCAUGGCAGCUUAACUGGAGUUAAACUGAGCAGCCAACAGGCAUAAGUGACCGGUUCUCGGACAUCGGGGCCAGGUUCUCUGGCAUCAGUGACAUAUUGCAGCCUGGAACUCUGUUCUUUGAGUAUGACUGCAAAACUAUCUGGUACUGCCUUCUGAGUUGCUGGGUCAUCAGGCUGUAAGGACGUGUGGCCACUGCAAUCCCGGUGGUUAUUUCUAUGAUACAUGACUGGCUGAUUUGCUUUAGAACUUGCUGUGGCAGACACAGUAACUAAAUGUGAAAAACCAAUAAGCUGGUGGCUCACGAAAUGCACACAAGGAAAAGCAGAGGUUUAUUUUAUCUGCCUUCUCAACAUUUCUUUCCCUCUGUAAAAUGUUUGGUUGAAUGUCCUUAAGAAGUGUUACCCUGAUUCACAUGGUAGCAAUAGGGCCAACAUACAAGCUACCAAUCCAAUGUGUAUAGUAGACUGGGGAAAAUUGAUUUUUUUUUUCAUGUAUUCAUUCUGAAUAGUUAAAAUGUAUAUUUGUACAGUCUUUUAGACCUAUUCAGGUAAUGCUUAUGAUAUUGUUAUUGUGUACCCAUCAUAGAUGUUUCUUUUUUAGUGUUGCCCUUGCUGUGUAACAAACGCUGUAUCUAGUUUACCUAGCAAAAGCUUGAAACUACGCUAGUAUAAAAUUUUGAACAGACUUAGUUUUUGCACAUAACCUUGUACAAUCUUGCAACAGAGGCCAGCCACGUAAGAUAUAUAUAUCUGGACUCUCUUGUAUUAUAGAAUUUUUUCUUGUUCUGAAUAUCCUUGACAUUACAGCUGACAAACAAAAACUGGUAUUUCAGAUCUGUUUUCUGAAAUCUUUUAAGCUAAAGCCACACGCAAGAAUUGACUUUGCAGCUACUAAUUUUGACACCUUUUAAGAUCUGUAUGAAAGUGUGUUGUGUUGAAGCAGCAAACCAAUGAGUGCUGCAUUUUGGAUAUUUAGUUUUAUCUUUAGUUAAACACCACCUGGUGUAUUCAUUUAUACCAUUUAAUAUAUGACACACUGUUGUAGUAUGUAUAAUUUUGUGAUCUUUAUUUCCCUUUGUAUUCAUUUUAAGCAUCUAAAUAAAUUGCUGUAUUGUGCUUAA